GUCAAGCCUCGUCAUGCACUUUGCACCCUCGGCGCGUACUAUUCAUGUACAGACUGUCUGCCUGUCUGCCUGUCUGCUCUGAUAUCAGUCUGCUGCCGGGGGCAUAUCCAUGAGUACACACACCCAUGGCCACAUCCAUGACCACAUCCCGAGUCCACACCACACGGCGAGACCACCUCGCAGUCUAAAAUCGGCCCAGUCCAGAGCAUUGGAUCUCAGUGAUCGGCAGAUGCAGGUCUGGAUUGCUGGCCUCAUCUUAAAAUCCUCCCCGGCCCAUGGCCCGCGAACACACCGUCAUGGGCCCCCCGGGCUUUCCAACUUUCGAGGUGGGCCACCCGUUCGUGAUCUGGUCAACUGGUGUUGCAUGUCGCUUCUGCUGUCAAGCCUCGCCCAUUUACAUAAGGUGUGCGGCAUCCUGCAGAUCUCAAAUGCCAAUUCUCCGGUAAAUCAGUUCGUUCCACUUGACGUUUCCAAACAUUCUCUUUUCUUUUUGUCCACGUGCAUGCAGCAUCAGUACAGCGCUUCUUCUAUCUGCUGUUGAAUCUGCCAUCAGUUAUCAUUCCUAGCUUCCUAAACUUUGGCUUGGCUUUGUUCUUUUCCCCUUGAAAAGUAUAUGGCUUCUUGGUUCUCUGAAGCCUGAUAGACAGACUACCCUCUUUCAACCUUCGAUCCGAUUUACGAAUCUGUUCAUCGCCUGGCCGUUUACUCAAGGCUUCACCCCGUGUCGAUCACGGAGUAGCCUGUUAUCCCUCACCCAGAGUCGCUCUUUACUUUCUCUGUGCUUCCCUACACCAUACUCAGCAUGAAGUUCUCUGUGCUAUUUUUCCAUUUUCUUCUGUCAGCAACAGUUGAGGCUGGUCCUCUAAGGGGCCCACUGCUGCACCCGGGCGCCCUACGACAAAGACAAUAUGACAACUCCAGUUCAACAAGCUCCUCACAGUCCACAUCUAUUGUCUCGCCGACAGCCGUUCAGCUCGAAAGCUCAGCUGUGGACACGGCCUUUGCUGGCUUCGUGGGUGCGACCGCCCAAGAGACAAGUCAAACCUCCACUACUACAGACAUUGCGCCCAUCAACUCGCCAGUUGCUGCGGCUGGGCCGUCUCCUGAUGUCAACGCGGCUCCCUCCAACCAGUCCACCCCGACUGGCCGCCCGAUCAUCGCUUCUCCAGCUUCAAGCACCGGGUCCCAGGCAAUAGUCGAGGAGACAGGAUCCGGGACCUUGGUGUCUUCUGACAUCACAAGUUCUUCGACCAUCUCGACCACCAGCAAGAUAACCCCGACCGGCACGCCUGACGACUUCAUCCCCACCGCUGUUAUUACAUCGCCUGUUCCUACCGGUACAACGACCGUGUCUAACUCGCAGUACGCCUCCAACCUCGCCGAGGCCAUCAGGCUCAACGCAGCUUUCACCGAACUUGCCGCCGAUUCGGCAUGCUCCCCGGGACAGUAUGCCUGUGUUGACUCAGAGUACGCCCACUGCUCCGCUGAUGGAUCUUGGAAUAUUGUGGGGUGUGCCGAGAACACGGUCUGCGCCGCUAUGCCGCUCAACACGACCAGCGGUGUCAGUCUUCGCUGCUUCCCACGAGAGACGGUGAUUGCGAUCCUGGGCGCCAUUCCAGCGGGUAGUACAGGUACAGGCUCAGCCUCGGGCUCGGGCUCGGGCUCGGCGACAAGUGAGACGGAGACGACAACCGAUUCUACAACCAGCUCGUCCGAGCAGACAACCUCGACAAAGGAAUCUGCUGGGGGAGGCUUCACAACUGUCACCGUGCCGUCCCUGACCGUGACAGCGACCGAGGAGGGCUCCGCCGAGUCCAGCUCAUCCAAAAUCAAGAUCACCACGACCAUUCGCGAGACAUCUACUCAGACAUCGACAUUGUCCAGCGAGACAACUCAACAAUCCGACCAAGAACCCACAACCACCUCCACCUCACGCACGACAAGCACAUCCAUAAUCACCGUCCAGACAACCACAGUAUCCGAUCCCUUCCCGACACCAGAUGCGGACCCCUCUGACUCGUCCACCUCGUCAACAACCGGGGAGCCUCUACUUGUCAUCCCGGUGCCAAUCAAAUCCACAAAGUCCUCCGAGGACGCACCCGCCCCAACAGACACGGGCUUCGGCUCCGGCUUCCCGGGAAUUUUUGGCGGUGGUGAUGACGACGAUGACGAUAACGAUAACGACCAGGGACAUAAGGGCAACAACUUCGUGGGCAACUCUGGCGGCGACGGCACGAGCACGAGCGUGGACGGUGUCACGACUACAGUCUUCGUCACGGUCACGUCUGUCUCGACCGCUACGGAGACGGAGACGGAGACGCUGCUCAAGUGGGCGACAAUGACUGUUCGAGCAUAAUAGAAGAGAGCUUGGGACAAGGAUGGGAGGAACAGAAACAAGGAGAUAGAUUGAUACAAGGACAAGGACUGCAAGAGAGAUAUGGUAAUGUUUUAUGUGGGAUGCAAAGCCAUGUUUUUGGGGAUCAAGCGCGCAUGGAGCUCACUUCCAGUAAUGAUAAUGUUACCCGUAUGAACGUACUCGGCUAAGUAGAGAUUAAUAAGGACACUCUCAUGUCGCUCUUAGA